AUGUCGGAUCUGAAACUCCAUCACUGUGGGGACAGGAGGCUCCCAGCACACUUCACAGCUCCAUCCAGGACGUUCUGGAUCAUCUUGUCCGUUGCCUUGUUUUUUGCAGUUGUUGGCAUCAGCGUUGUGGGGGUUCUCAGCUUCUCCCCCAGCUCUGCCCAGGCUGGCUCGCAGCUUGUCCGGCUGACGCUCCAGGGCCAGCAAGACCCGCUGAGGAACCAGACGGCUUUGGUGGACAAGUCCAGGAGCACUGUGACCUACUACAUAACCUCGCAGACUAACCGCACCGCCGUGGUGCUGUAUGACAGCAGGAACGGCUAUGUGUGCUACAAGCCAGCGGAGCAGCACGCGUGCUACCUGAGAAGGAUGGACGCCUGGGACCUCCAGACCCUACAGACAUCUCUCAACGCGUCUGAGCAAAGAGCUGAUCAGCUGCUACAUCAGAAUAACCAGACCAAGUACUACCGGGAGUUCCUGGGCAUUCUGGCAGGGGAACAGGUGGACCCCAAAAGCCUGGGGGAGGCUGUCCAAGCCCUGUGCGAGCAGACGUCCAUCUUCUGGGUCAGGAGAGGGGAGGCGCUGGUUCAUACUGGCUCGUUCCCGCACCCUGCGGGGAACUGCGGCGCUGGCUGGGACAGGCUCCGCACCCCCUUCCCUGGGCAGCACAGCCUGACUGCACGGCGCAACCACAACACAGAGCAGUCCCCUGCGACGCUGUCGGCUUAA